AUGCACCUGUCCCGGGUCCUCUCUGUCUCGGUCUUUUUUGCUGCCACGGUCUUUGGAGGGCCGACCCCGGAGAAAUCAGGCAAGGCCGUCCACAACAGCAAGGCAGAGGGGCGCACGUGGUGCCCCGGGAACUGGCUGCGCAGCAUUGCCGACGUCGAGGCUGCCAUGAGUGAUUUGUCGAUCUACUGUGAGUACUUCUCCCGUGUCAACACCCCGAUCGUCGAAACUAAGCAAAAGACACCAGGCGACAAGGGCCACAAGAUUGGGGGUAAACAGACGUUAAAGGAUGUUACCAACACGGCGCAGGUGCACAUCUGCAACCUCCUGGACACGCCGAUUCUCUGCUCGGGCGACAUGAUCAACAGCGCGCGGGCCGCAGUCAUCCAGGCCUGCGGCAAGACGCCCUCGGGCAGUUACCUGGCCGGUUACUACUAUGACGAAGGCAACACAUACACCAUUGGCUUCAACAAUUACGGCGAGAAGGUUGACUGCUAA